GUGUGUGUGUGUGUGUGUGCGUGUGUGUGCGUGUGUCUGUGUGUGUGUGUCUGUGUGUGUGUGUGUGUGUGUGUGUGUGUGUGUGUGUCUGUGUGUGUGUGUGUGUGUGUGUGUGUGUGUGUGUGUGUGUGUGUCUGUGUGUGUGUGUGUGUGUGUGUGUGUGUGUGUGUGUGUGUGUGUGUGUGUGUGUGUGUGUGUGUGUGUGUGUGCGUGUGUGUGUGUGUGUGUGUGUGUGUGUGUGUGUGUGUGUGUGUGUGUGUGUGUGUGUGUGUGUGUGUGUGUGUGUGUGUGUGUGUGUGUGUGUGUGUGUGUGUGUGUAUGUGUGUGUGUGUGUGUGUGUGUGUGUGUGUGUGUGUGUGUGUGUGUGUGUGUGUGUGUGUGUGUGUGUGUGUGUGUGUGUGUGUGUCUGUGUGUGUGUGUGUGUGUGUGUGUGUGAGGAGGAUGCUGAUUGGUCAACCAGCUAGCAUCAGCUACGCCUACGGGCAAGCUGCUGUUAGCAUUCACCAGCUUCUUGUUGUUUUAAUGUUUUUUUAAACACACACAAACAAGCGAUGGCACUUCGUAUCCGGGAUAUACGACAACAAUGUCGUGCUGCAAAUAACUAGCGAGGUUUCUUUGUACCAGUAAACAUCGCGACACACCGACAUAUCAAAGUUUUGUGUGACCAUGGAUCCGACCUGCAGUGCUUCUGCUGCUCCGGCUGGUUUGACUGUCCAGGUGUGUUUCCCCGGUGCUCGCGCUGCAGUUUUGGACAAUCUGAAUCGGCAGCGGGAGGAGGGCAGGCUGUGUGACCUCUCUAUCCAGGUGCAAGGUCAGGUGUUCAGGGCUCACCGCUGUGUGCUCGCUGCAUCCUCGCCUUACUUUCAUGACCAGGUGUUACUGAAGAAUGUUACAACCGUCUCCCUGCCGUCAGUUAUGGACCCGGUGGCCUUUGAGAGCGUCCUGAGUUCUGCCUACACAGGCCAGCUUAGCAUCGUGCAUGAUGACAUUGUUAACUACGUCACUGUGGCCAGUUUCCUCCAGAUGUGGCACAUCGUGGACAAAUGCACCGAGAUCCUGAAGAGGCCCCGGCCCUCGCCAGAAGUCACCUCUGGAGAGGCGGCUGUAGCUCACCCUGGCACUGCAUCUCGCCAGCAGUCCCCAAGCAGCACAGACUGCCUGUAUCUGGAGAGGGAGGGAAGACGGAAGGAGAGAAAGCCUGAUGCCUUGCCUCCGUUAGCCACAUGGAGACGCCCGCAGCAGUUUCCGAGAUGGGGGCGCCCACGGCCUUCAUCAGCCCAGCACUUAGCAGACUCUCAACUGGACACCCUCCCUGGCUAUGCGGAUGGUGAUUACACCAGCUGUGAGGAGGCAUGGGUAUCAAACCAUGCCAAAACUAGCCACUUUGCCCAUGAUGGACUUGGCCACAAUACCCGGCACCACGGGGGGUUCCCCGGUGGCGAAGCAUUAAAGCAGAAAGUCAGGUUUCAACAGCGGGGAGCGCCGCCGAGCGCUGAUAGACUGCUUGAUAAGAAUAGAGAGAGCGGGGACAGUGACGAGACACGAGAGAAGAGGAAGAAUGAGAAAAGAGAGAUUGAGGCUGAUGAGGGAGUGGGAGAAGAGGCGGUGGAGAAGAAGGAAGCCUUUGCACAAAUGGGACACUGCGACUUCCACCCAGUUUCAAACGAGAGUGUAGGUACCGGACAAGCCACGGGGAAGGCGAGCGUGGAGGAGAUAAAGGAAAAAGUGCAGAGAAACGUGGUGGGGAGUGAUCCCUCCUCCGGCCUGUCCAGUGUUCAUGCUUGCCAAACAAGUGAUGGAGUUCCAGGACCUUCCUGUCCAGUUUCAGCCCGGCUGCAGUGGCAGACUGGCCCCUGGUCUCAGCAAGAGCAGAGGCCGCAGGAAGGAGAGGCUGGCAGCUGCAGUAAAGACGAGGAUGAAGAUGAGGAGGAGGAGGAUGGGGACUUUGAAUGUUUCACAGAAGGGACCUUUAGCAGAGACACAUACGAUGAGAUUGAAGAUGGCACAGGACAGGUUUCCCAGAGGCCUUUAGUGCCUGUAUCUCCUGAUUUCACCAUGGCGGGCUCUGAGGUGAACUGGCCCUCCACCAGCGUGGGACAGGGUGGCUCACUGACCCCCACCUCAAAUCACCAUUUGUCUCCAUCCUCCGCUGCAUUUCCGCCACCCUCUUCCCCCCCAACCCCAUCUUCGUCAUCCUCAGUAUCCCUCGCUGGCGCCCCCUACACGGGCAAGGUCCACUUCUGCCACUGCGGCAAAGCCUACACCCUGAAGAGCAUGCGCGAUCGCCACGUGAAGAUGCAGCACCUCAAUCUAAGGCCCUUCGGCUGUCCCGUUUGCACAAAGUCCUUCAAGAUGAAGCAUCACCUUACCAAGCACCUUAAGACUCAUGGAGGGCUGCGGCCUUAUGAGUGUGGCCUGUGUGGGAAGAAAGUCAUAUGGAGAGACAGCUUCCUCAGGCAUCAGGCUCGGUGUGAGAGACUUGCCUCCAGCUCCUCGGCUAACAGCAACAACGGUAGCACACCGGCGGCGGACAUGGAUGACAGCUACAGUUAUGGAUUUGAAGACGGCGAGGGUUUUCUUGCAACGGGAGGUCAGGUGAAAGUCGAGGAGGUGGAUUUUCACGGGGAGAUGGAGGACGGGAUGCGUGGCCUGUUGGGCGGCGUGUCUGGGAUUGUGGAUCAGCUAAGAACUCAGUCACAAAAUUUGGACACCGGUAGUCACGUUUUCAAAGAGGAGGCGAGUGAGAGCUUUAGUGGAAAUUAAAUGUGAAACAGGUUUACAGCACUUAAACUGUAUGUAAAUAAAUACAUACAAGAAGGACAAUAAAUUACAUGAUGACUUUAAAAGUCUAUGGAGUAAAAUAAUUGAAGGCUUCUAUGAGCAGCCGCUUUUGUUUGAUCCUUUUUAUGUGCAUUAUUUUCAUCUUAUAGGUAUUAUGAAAAGAAAAACGGAACAAUCAUAUGCUUCCUUCAAGUGAUUUUAAUUUGUGCAGUGCCAUUUGCUCAGUUCUUGUAUAGUGAUGCUGUAAACUGUACAUCUGUAUAAGGCAGUGUUGUGAAUGUACUUCUCGAGCCCCACUGAAGUUAAUUUUGCACAUAAAUUAUUUGCCAUUGAUCUGCAUUAGAAAAUAAAUGCAAAAACAAUUUUUUCGGUGCCAUAUUGACGUCUCUUCACACUAUGUAAAAGAAAGAAAUCUUGGUAUAUACGGUAAUAAAAACAGCUUUGAGUUUUCUGA